AUGAGCGGCUCAGAUGCGGGGCUGGAGGAGGAGCCGGAGCUCAGCAUCACCCUCACACUGCGCAUGCUGAUGCAUGGGAAGGAGGUGGGCAGCAUAAUUGGGAAGAAAGGAGAGACUGUAAAGCGAAUCCGGGAACAGAGCAGUGCCCGGAUCACCAUCUCUGAGGGCUCCUGCCCUGAGCGCAUCACCACCAUCACUGGGUCUACAGCAGCAGUCUUCCACGCAGUCUCCAUGAUCGCCUUCAAGCUGGAUGAGGACCUCUGCGCUGCUCCUGCAAACGGAGGGAGUGUCUCCAGGCCUCCAGUGACCCUGCGCCUUGUCAUCCCUGCAAGCCAGUGUGGCUCGCUGAUUGGGAAGGCAGGCACCAAGAUCAAGGAGAUCAGAGAGACUACAGGUGCCCAGGUGCAGGUGGCAGGAGACCUGCUCCCCAACUCCACAGAGCGUGCUGUCACCGUGUCCGGGGUGCCUGAUGCCAUCAUCCUGUGUGUGCGCCAGAUCUGUGCUGUCAUCCUGGAGUCCCCACCCAAAGGAGCCACCAUCCCGUACCAUCCGAGCCUCUCCUUAGGCACCGUGCUCCUCUCCACCAACCAGGGGUUCUCUGUCCAGGGUCAGUAUGGCGCUGUGACUCCAGCUGAGGUCACCAAGCUCCAGCAGCUCUCGGGCCACGCCGUCCCCUUCGCCUCACCCAGCAUGGUGCCAGGACUGGACCCUAGCACACAGACCAGCUCACAGGAGUUCUUGGUUCCCAACGACCUGAUCGGCUGCGUGAUCGGGCGCCAGGGCAGCAAGAUCAGUGAGAUCCGGCAGAUGUCAGGGGCACAUAUCAAGAUCGGGAACCAAGCCGAGGGCGCUGGUGAGCGGCACGUGACCAUCACUGGUUCACCCGUCUCCAUCGCCCUGGCUCAGUACCUCAUCACUGCCUGUCUAGAAACGGCCAAGUCUACCUCUGGGGGGACACCCGGCUCGGCCCCCACAGACCUGCCUGCCCCUUUCUCGCCACCCCUGACGGCCCUGCCCACCGCUCCCCCAGGCCUGCUGGGCACGCCCUAUGCCAUCUCCCUCUCCAACUUCAUCGGCCUCAAGCCCGUACCCUUCUUGGCUCUACCACCUGCCUCCCCAGGGCCACCGCCGGGCUUGGCGGCCUACACUGCCAAGAUGGCAGCGGCCAAUGGGAGCAAGAAAGCUGAGCGGCAGAAAUUCUCCCCCUACUGA